AUGCUCUUCCGUUGUUAUUCUUCAUCUUUUUCCUUUUCACUCUCCAUCCCACAUUUUUUUUUCUUUCAAUCCCUGGGGCCCACUACUAAUGUGCCACUCCCAACGAAAUGCCGCCUUCUCUCAUAUCUUCACAUUAUCUUCUGUCAGUUUCCUUUUGCUCUAUUUUACAUCUUUUCAUGUAACACUCUCUUGCGUCUUUCAUAUCUUACUUUUUCUCCUUGUGUCACAGCCUCUCGCACACUGCCGCCUGGGACCCAGCGUCCAGCGUCGCCCUUACUGCAAUGCGAAGUCCUUUUUUUUUUCGCCCAUUGCAGCCACAAACUGUCAGAUUCUUUGUCUCAUAUCAUCAACUCGCUGGACAAAAAUAACAACAUAGAUCAUUAUAGCGCUCACGCAUUGUUUUCCCUUAACAAUUUCUUCCUCUUAUUCGCUUUCUUUUAUAGAUUGUAUUUCUAUAAUUUUACACUGCUUUUGUUCACUUUUCUUGACUGCUGCCUCCCACCCCAUUGUGUCUUUCAUCAUUAUCACCUUUUUGACAUUUCUGUCUUUUUUUUUCACAUUGUGUCAAUCAUUUUCUUUUCUUUGUUUUUCAUGAAUUCUUUUCUUUUUUUUUCCCUUUUUUUUUCUUAA